CUAUAGUUCAUCAUAUUUCUUAAGUAUUUUUUUUUUUUUUUAAAAGUAUUUACAUUUUCAUGGAGAUUCCAUUAGUAUCCUCUGGUUUUCCACACACAACCAUUCCCCAAAGCUAUAUCCGGCCCGAGCCCGAUCGGCCCAAACUUUCCGAAGCCAAAGAUUACUAUAAAGCCCCUGUUAUCGACUUCGGUUGUGGGGAUACAAAACUCAUUGCCAAUCAAAUAGCUCAAGCUUGCCAGCAAAAUGGAUGUUUUCAGGUGAUAAAUCAUGGCGUGUCGGAAGAAUUGAUGGAAAAAAUGGUGCGAGUGACGAGGGAAUUUUUUGAGCUUCCCGUGGAGGAGAAGAUGAAGUUGUACUCGAACGACCCUUGUAAAACAAUGAGGUUGAGCACAAGUUCUAAUUUUCUAAAGGAGAAAGUUCACAAUUGGAGGGAUUAUCUUAGGCUUCAUUGUUACCCUCUGGAAAAUCAUGUCAAGGAUUGGCCUAACAAUCCCCCAUCUUUCAAGGACAUAGUGGGUAAUUAUUGCGUGGAAAUUCGACAGCUUGGGCUGAGGCUUCAGGAAGCGAUCUCAGAGAGUUUGGGCCUGAACAAGGACUACAUUAACAAUAUGUUGGGCCAACAGGGCCAGCAUAUGGCCAUAAAUUACUACCCACCAUGUCCGGAGCCUGAACUGACGUAUGGGCUUCCAGCCCAUACAGAUCCCAACACCUUAACUAUUCUCGUGCAAGAUGCGGAUGUAAUGGGCCUCCAGCUGCUGAAGGAUGGGAAAUGGAUGACUGUGAAGCCCAUUCCAAAUGCAUUUGUGGUCAACAUUGGUGAUCAAUUGCAGGCUUUGAGCAACUCAAGAUACAAAAGCACUUGGCACAGAGCUGUGGUGAAUGCCCACAAAGCAAGAAUCUCAGUAGCUUCAUUUUUGUGCCCAUCAAACAAUGCUGUGAUCAAAGCUCCAAAGGAACUUACAGAAAAUGGGUCAAAAGCAAUUUACAGAGACUACACUUAUUCAGAGUAUUAUGACAAGUUCUGGGGCAGAAAUCUUGACCAAGGGCACUGUUUGGAACUUUUCAAGAAUUUUAUAUAGAACAAGUGUAUGAUUUAACUAAGGUUAGGAGCUCAGAAUAAAAUGCAGGGAUUAAUGAAUAAUUAAAGGGUUUAUUUUUGUUGAACUACUACCAUACUGUGUGAUGUAGUAUGGUAGAUGAUUGGGAAAUAAGAGAAGAAAAUCUCUCGAUAAACUGUAUAUUGUUAUUCAAAAUAUACUAUUCUGCAUCAUUCUCUCCUGAUUAAGCAAGAUUAAAUCCUAUUCUGCAUCAUUCUCUCCUGAUUGAGCAAGAUU